AUCAAUAUUUAUGCCUUGGUGCAAAAUCCCUGAGUGUCAUUCUGAUCCAUUUAGCUGUGAAGUGAUAUUUACCUGUUUCUCCUUCUCCAUGGAAACCAUUUACAAGUGUGCCUGUGACAAAUCCACAUCUGUCCCGUAAAUCACUUACCACAGUCUGCAGGAAGGGGGAAGGAGAGACACAUUUACCUUCAGUCCUGAAUUGGAUGCACAAACACAUGCCAAGAGAUGGAAACUCUAAUGAAGGGAAAGUCGGAGCGUUUCUACCUAGCUGCAGAAGACGUUUUUUUAUCUCUGCUUUGUUCAUUUGGUAAUUGGUACAACAAGUCGGGUCGAGCUGAGCUUCACAUGCGUUCUUCUAAGUUCUCAAACUCCUCUGAAAGCCCAGUGGAGAUGUUUGCGCACGAGUGGCAUGGAUUCAUCCCUCCCUGCCAUAUGAGGGUGCUUCAGCUGUGCCCCGUUUUGGCCUUCCUGGCCAUUCUGCUGAUCACGCCGGUUCUUCUAGUACGUAUCCUGUCCCGAGUUGACCUGCGGCAGCAGACGCGUUACCUCCUCCUGGCCAAUGUUCUCUUCAGUGACCUGCUCUUUGUCUGCAUGAACAUCCUGAGUGCCUGCAUCAAUUCAGCCGGUGUGUUGAUGACGGAGUGGCCGUGUGCCGUGCUGCUCUUCUUCUCUGCAACUUUAUACAGUUCUGGGGUACUAAGCAUUACAGCAAUGGUACUGGAUACCUGCUUUGCAGUGUUAGCCCCCUUUCGCUACCUGGCAUUGUGGCCUGUGUCACGGACCUAUGGAGCAAUUGCCGCCAUCUGGGUCAUCUCUGUCUUUUUUCCUGCAGCAGCUGUUGGCAUGUUUUUGUGGUACCACAGUACGGCCCCUUGCGCCCUUCACCUCUGCUCCCUUCCUUUGCUGAUGGUUUUGACCGUAAGCCACUUUCGCCCACUCCAUGUCUCCAUGCUGCUGACGGUCAUGGGUAUCAUUUUCAUCCUCCUUCUAGUGUUGUCUGGUUACCUCAUCCUCUACUUUUGUACCCGUAGUUCGGGCGUGUGGAAGGGCGAGACCUCGUCUCGUGCUAGAGGAACAUUUCUCAUCCAUUAUCUCCACCUGUUCCUGGCUUUCUGUCCCCUGCUGGUUUUGAUGAUCGAGCUGAUGCUUUGCAACAACAGUGAAACUAUGGACCCCAAAGCAAGCCUGUGGAUGUCCUUGGUGGUGUGUAACGUCUUGCUCAUCCUCCCCAAAGCCUUAGCACCGUACCUGUAUGGGCUCCGCUAUAGAGAACUGUGCAACUUGCUGUUCCAGUUCUUUCAUCUGAAUAGGCCAACUACUAUCACACCUGUGAUAUAAAUAUGUUUAUUUGAACUAGUGAAAAAGACUUUUCAUCAACCAGUUAAAACAUAAAAUGAACUAUCUGUAAUGAUGCUCAACUAGGGUUUUGUAAGUAAUAAUGUGUCACAAAAAUAUGUGAGAAUAAUCAAAAAUGUACAUUCAGUUGUGGUAAUUAUGGCAUUUAUUGUGUUUAAUAUGAUAUUGUGUUUACUUAUGGUAUUCACUAUGUAUUUUGGUUACUAAAAACUCUAUUUAUAGCCUGUCAAUAAAAAACCUAUUAUAAGUCAGCCUUCAUAGCACCGUUAUAAAUAUACAUAAGAUUUACUACUGUAAACCCUAUCAGAAAAAACUAUGAAGCUUUACAAAUGGUUUAAGAGGCUUUGAAAAUCUCUUGUUUUGUUUAAUUUUUUUAUUACAUC